UGAGCUUUUAGAAACAAUCCUAUAUUUCACACACAUUGUAUAGAAACAUACCAAAUAAGUGAAAAAUGGUUAAAGUGCAAUCAAAAGAGUGUCUUGUUAAAUGCAUAGUCAUAGCAUUUGUAAUAUUCUUUUUCAAUGUAGAAAGUUUGGAGGGAGUUGAUAUUACAACUAUAGAGAGUGCUGUCGACAAAGGAGCAGUUUGUUUGGAUGGAAGCCCGCCGGCAUAUCAACUCGAUAGAGGAUUUGGAGACGGCGUAAACAAUUGGUUGGUUCAUAUACAGGGAGGAGGAUGGUGCGAUUCUGUAGAAGAUUGUGUUAAGAGAAAAACCACUAGCGACGGACUAGGAUCAUCCAAGUUGAUGCCAGUGUUGGGCUUCUAUGGGAUUUUGAGCAAUAAAUACGAAGUGAAUCCAUAUUUCUACAAUUGGAAUAGGGUCUUCAUGAGAUAUUGUGAUGGGGCUUCAUUUACUGGCGAUGUGGAAGAAGUCGAUUUAGAUAAUAACCUUUACUUUAGAGGUGCAAGGAUCUUCAAAGUCAUUGUUGAGGAGCUCAUGAGCAAAGGAAUGAACAAUGCACAAAAUGCAAUCUUGUCUGGUUGUUCAGCUGGUGGUUUGGCAUCAAUAUUGAAUUGUGACAAGUUUCGGGGAUAUUUCCCUGGAAGUACUCGAGUCAAAUGUGUUGCUGACGGCGGUUAUUUCGCUCACGCGAAAGACGUCUCAGGAGGAUACCAUUUUGAAGAAACCUACGAUAAAGUCGUAACACUACAUGGUUCGGCAAACGCUUUACCUUCGGGAUGUACUUCACAAAUGAAAGCUUCGUUAUGUUUCUACCCUCAAUUCGCUAUGCCUUAUAUUAAUGCGCCUAUCUUCUUACUGAACUCGGCCUAUGAUACAUGGCAGGUACGCUACAUCUUUGCAACAUAUCAAGCCGAUCCAAAUGGCGAGUACACCAAGUGUACGACUAGUUUGGAUCAAUGCUCAUCAACCCAACUCCAAAGACUCGAAGAUUUCCGGUCAGAUUUUCUAGGAGCGAUUUCAGCCGGUGGCAAAAGUUCAUCCAAAGGGAUGUUCAUCAAUACUUGCUACACUCAUUGCCAAGCUGAAACUGAAUCGGCAUGGUUUGGAUCUACAAAAUUAGAGGAUAAGACGAUCGCGGACGGAGUUGCAGAUUGGUUUUAUGACAAAUACCUGUUCCAAGAGAUUGAUACCGAGAAUGUGUUGCCACACUAUUGCUAGCAUUCACUUCGAUCGAUCGCCACAAAAUACAGAAUACGAAAGAUAUUGAAAAAAAUAUGACAAAAAAUUGUUGAAUAUUAUGGUUUACGUGCAUUAUUUCUUUUAUUUUUAGUGAACUCUUCUAAAGGAAGACAUGUAUCAUGUAUAUAUGUUAUACGACAAAAUAGUCGUGUAACAAAUGAAUAAGUUAUCCCU